GCUUUGAGCUACAGUUCCGGCUGGGCCCCACUCUUCAAGGCAAGCCCGUGACUGUGUACACGAAUUAUCCAGCUUCUGGAGAAGUGUUUGAUCGCCACAAAUUCAGGACACUAUCGUGGCACAAUCCCACGGGAAAAGAAGAUGACUCUGACAAAUACUGCAAGCUGGAUCUCCAAAUUUCGGGGUCAUACCAGUACUAUUUCAGUCUUGGAAAUGAAAAAAGUGGUGGAGGUUACAUAGUUGUGGAUCCUAUUCUGCGUGUUGGAGCCGAUAAUCAUGUGUUACCUUUGGACUGUGUUACCCUCCAGACGUUCCUCGCCAAGUGUCUGGGACCAUUUCAUGAAUGGGAGGAUAGGCUUAAAGUUGCAAAAGAAACAGGUUACAACAUGAUUCAUUUUACGCCACUGCAGAAGCUUGGACUGUCUAGAUCCUGUUAUUCACUGGCUGAUCAAUUAGAAGUAAAUCCUGAAUUUUCAAGGCCUAAUAAACAGUGCACUUGGAGUGAUAUAGGAGCUCUUGUGGAAAAGCUGAAAAGUGAAUGGAAUAUGCUUUGUGUCACAGAUGUAGUCUACAAUCAUACUGCCACUAACAGUGAAUGGCUCAGGAUGCAUCCGGAAUGUGGCUAUAACCUUGUAAAUUCUCCUCACCUGAAGCCAGCUUGGGUCUUGGAUAGAGCUCUGUGGCACUUGACCUGUAUGGUGGCUGAUGGAAAGUGUACUGCUAAAGGGGUUCCUCCCUUGAUUGAAAAUGAUCAUCACCUGAAUUGCAUCCGUAAAAUAAUAUGGGAAGAUGUGUAUCCAAAAAUUAAACUGUGGGAGUUUUUCCAAGUGGAUGUUGACAAAGCUGUGCAGCAAUUUAAAGCCCUUCUAACUCAAGAAAGCAAAAUGGGCACUAAAUCUGAUCCAAAUCAACAUCUUCAGAUAGUUCAGGACCCUGAUUAUAGGCGGUUUGGCUGUACUGUAGAUAUGAAUAUAGCCUUGGCAACGUUCAUACCACACAGCAAUGGACCAACUGCAAUAGAAGAGUGCUGUAACUGGUUUCGCAAGAGGCUUGAGGAACUGAAUGCUGAACAACACAGACAAACUCAUCACCAUCAAGAGCAGGCUGUCAAUUGUCUUGUGGGCACUGUGGUUUACGAACGACUGGCUGGUGGGGGUCCUAAGCUGGGUCCUAUCACUAGAAAAUAUCCGUUAGUUACCAGGUAUUUCACUUAUCCAUAUAAAGACCUUACUGUGGAGGAAGAAGAAACCAUGAUACAUCAACCGGAUAAAGCUUGCUAUUUCAUGGCACAUAAUGGCUGGGUUAUGGGAGAUGAUCCUCUUAGAAACUUUGCAGAACCAGGUUCAAAUGUUUACUUGAGAAGAGAGCUCAUUUGCUGGGGAGACAGUGUGAAGCUGCGUUACGGUAACAAACCUGAAGACUGCCCAUACCUGUGGGCUCACAUGAAAAAAUACACUGAAAUCACUGCCAAGUAUUUCCAUGGUGUUCGUCUUGACAACUGUCACUCAACCCCCAUUCAUGUAGCUGAGUACAUGCUGGACACAGCUAGGAAAUUGCGAGCCAAUUUGUAUGUAGUGGCUGAGCUGUUCACAGGAAAUGAGGAGCUGGACAAUAUCUUUGUGAAUAGGCUGGGCAUUACCUCCUUAAUAAGAGAGGCAAUGACUGCUUAUAACAGCCAUGAAGAAGGAAGGUUGGUUUAUCGGUUUGGAGGUGAACCCGUUGGCUCUUUUGUUCAGCCACAUUUGAGGCCUUUGAUGCCAGCUAUUGCUCAUGCACUCUUUAUGGAUAUUACCCAUGAUAAUGAAUGUCCAAUUCAGCACCGAUCCGCUUAUGAAAGCGCAAUGAUUGUUUCCAUGGCAUGCUGUGCUACAGGAAGCACCAAAGGCUAUGAUGAGCUAGUACCACACCAG